UCUUUUUGGCAACAAACAAACAGAGUCUUGAAAAGCAGCGAAAAGAAACCGACCAGAGUCUUAGAUAAAUUCCUUAUUCACAUGGACGUAACAUUUUCAUUGCGCCCUUUCGGACCCGAACCAACCAAUUAACUCCUCACCCACAUCAUCCGAGACAGCGACACUUUCACCAUUUCGAUCGCCGCGACUCUCCGCCGCGUCACCGCCUUGCAUUUCGCCCUUCUCCUUUAUCUGCACUGCACAUGGACCCCGCCUUUCGCCACCGUUUCCUUAACAUAUCCCCCUCCGCCGUCCAAGUAAACGGAAAUGAAGAUGAGCUGAAUGAGCACGACGUUCUCUGGACCAAUGACUUCGCCGAACAAAGCCCCAUUCAUUCCACCACCGCCAAUGAAAGUAUUAACCGCAGCCGCGCAUCUAUCUCUCGUAACUCCGGGAUUCUCGCGGCUUUACCGGAAUCUAAUCACCACUCUGUACUCUAUCGUAAGCCUUCAAUUCCUUCGUCGUCCAAGUCAAUUCCGUUGAUACCGAGGCCACCACAGGGUGAGAGAGAAUACGCGUCACAAUCUGUUCCUGGUGCGAGGAAGCUGAACCAAUCAGCUCCUAUGAAUGUACCAGUACUGUCAAUUGCGAUGGCGAAGCAGAGGAAUAGCAAGUUCCGGGAAGAAGACGACGACGACGGCGGCGGAGAUGAGGAGAUACUGCCGCCUCACGAGAUCGUGGCGCGAGCGUCCAGAAACUCGCCGAAGACCACGUUUUCGGUGCUGGAAGGGGUUGGAAGGACGCUGAAGGGGAGGGAUCUGAGACAGGUGAGGAAUGCCGUAUGGCGCCAAACUGGAUUUCUUGAUUGAUAUAUUAUUUCUUCGGAAAAAAAAAAACUAUGUUAUUCUGGCUUCUCACUGUGAGAUAUUUAAUAUAGUGAAUUUGGCUUUUUUUUUUUAAAAAAAAAAUUUAAAAAUUUGAAUUAUUGGUUUAGACUGAUGUACUAUCUAUAUGGAUUAGAUUCAUGGAGUAGAAUAUGAACUGAUCUUCAUUAACUAUAAGUUAUUGGUUUCAGCUUUUGUUUCCA